GUGCCUCCCGGAGCGCAUGCGCAUUGCGCAAACGCAAAGAGCCCCCGCGCGGGUCACGUGAGUGCGCCCGCGCCUCACAUGACGCUGGGGCUCGGUAAUUUACCCAGAAGCCUGCACGCCUCUCGGAGGUCAAGAUGGCGAUGAGGGCACCAGUUUCAGCAAGUGCUCGACUGUUAGAAGGCUUUCGCAAAUGGUAUUACAACGCAGCUGGAUUCAACCAACUUGGAUUAAUGCGAGAUGAUACCAUAUAUGAAGAUGAUGAUGUAAAAGUAGCACUGAAGAGGCUUCCAGAAAAUCUUUAUAAUGAACGACUGUUUCGCAUCAAGAGAGCCCUUGAUUUGAGUAUGAGACAACAAAUUCUUCCUGAAGAACAGUGGGUGAAAUAUGAAGAGGACUCCUGCCUCAUGCACUGAAUGAAUUUGUGUGAUUGUUCUUUAAUGUAUAUUUGGUAUAAUUUUUUAGCCUUUUCUAAAAGGAAAGGUUAAACCCAAAUUCUGGUUACACAAUGGUGAUGGAUGUUACAGUUUCAUCGGGGUUUGAAUCCUGAGCUUUCAGCACUGCUGCAUGCUUGACCUAUUGGACCAACUACAUUAGCAGACAGCAGGAGAAGGCUGUUCUCAUAGACUCUAAGGUCAUAAGAGACCAUCAUGAUGAUCUAGUCCAAGGGUGGGCAAACUAUGGGCCACCGGCCUUCAAGCUCCCACUGGGGAGCGGGGUCUGGGGCUUGUCCCUCUUCGGCGCUCCAGGUGGGGAGCAGGGUCAGAGGCCAUUCCACGGAGUUCCUGGAAGCAGCCACAUGGCCUCCCUUCAGCGCUCCAGCUGGGGAGCAGGGUUGGGGGCUGCUCCACCCGGCUCCCAGAAGCCGUGGCAUAGCCCCCUCUAGCACUCCAAUGGGAGCUGCAGGGGUGGUGCCUGUAGAUGGGGCAGCAUGCAGCAGAGCUGCCUGGCCGCGCCUCCGUGUAAGAGAUGGAGAAGGGACAUGCUGCUGCUUUUGGGAAC